AUGGCCAAAAUAGAGAAUGGCCGUCAAUCAGUGGAUACAAGGAGUAUCCGGACUAUUAGUAGCAGUCAUAUUGACGACGAAAGCUCUUUGGGAUCGGACUCUGAGAUCAACGGCUUCACCAGCGACAGACAAACCGAUAAAUAUGGAUUUAUUGGAGGGGCACAGCAGUACACGGAACAGUCCGCUCAGGAUGUGCCUCCACAGGUGCUCAGACAAAGGGAGGUGAAGUGGCUGGACAUGCUCAGCCACUGGGACAAGUGGAUGAUCAAGAGAUUCAACAAGGUGAGGCUGCGGUGCCAGAAAGGAAUCCCUCCAGCCCUCCGAGGUCGUGCAUGGCUCUAUCUGUCAGGAGGGAAGGUGAAGAGAGAGCAGAACCAAGGAAAGUUUCAGGAGCUUGAUAGCCAGCCUGGUGACCCCAAAUGGGUUGAUGUCAUUGAGAAGGACCUCCAUCGACAGUUUCCUUUCCAUGAGAUGUUUGUGUCGCGAGGAGGACACGGGCAGCAGGACCUGUUCCGUGUUCUAAAGGCCUACACUCUGUACAGACCAGAAGAGGGAUACUGCCAAGCCCAGGCUCCCAUCGCUGCUGUGUUGCUUAUGCACAUGCCUGCUGAGGAUGCCUUCUGGGGGCUGGUCCAAAUUUGUGAGAAGUAUCUUCCUGGCUACUACAGUCCUGGCCUGGAAGCUAUACAGUUAGAUGGAGAGAUCCUGUUCGCUCUGCUGCGACGUGUCUCCCCGCUAGCCUUCCGCCAUCUGGAGAAACACAAGAUCGACCCUAUCCUCUACAUGACUGAAUGGUUUAUGUGUGCCUUCUCCAGGACGCUGCCUUGGGCCUCUGUCCUGCGUGUUUGGGACAUGUUCCUCUGUGACGGAGUGAAGAUAAUCUUCCGUGUGGGUUUGGUGCUGCUGAAGAGCAUGCUGGGAACUCGGGAGAAGCUGAAGGCCUGCCAGGGCCAGUAUGAAACCAUGGAGCUUCUCAGGGCCAUCGAGCCUCGAUACAUGCAGGAGGGUUUCCUCGUCAGAGAGAUUCUGGAGGUGCCAGUGACAGCGCGAGAAGUGGAAAGGGAGCACCACACUCAGCUGAAGCGCUGGAAGAAGAACCGCGGGGAGCUGAAUUUCAAAUCACCGCCAAGGAUGCACGGCGCUCAGAUCAUCAUGCUUGCUGAGCCGCCGAGGCGCCAGGACCUGCAGCAGAACCCCACCAUCGUACUUGAGACGCCUCAGCCAACUUCGCAGUUGAAGAAGGGCAAGGAGGAGAAGAAGAGCAAGAAGAAGAAGAGCAUGAAAAAACCCAAGCCCAUUGAUGAGAUCCCUAAUCCUUAUUCUCUUCCCAGUGACCUUCCACCUCCACCUUCAGAGCCGCCAACUCCACCUCCAGUCACCAGCGAGACCCCUCUUGAUGGCGAGAGCCCUCCUGAGAUUGUGCCACAGACUAAAACAGACUCACCUGACCAGCAGGAAGCACCUCUUAAAGACCUGCCCCCUGCCAAAGAAUCUACUCUUCAGCGAUCCACACAAAGCCUUAGCAGCACAGACCAGGAUACAUACCUGUAGCUCUACAGCAGUGUGUGCAUGUAUGCAUAAGUGUGUGUGUGUGGGGAUGAAGCACCAGCACCCGUCAGCCAAUGACCAGCCAGCCUUGCUAAGGCCUCUAAUUGGCCUGCAUCACUAUUAUUCAAGUGUUGGAGUGUUUUGUAUUCAUUUAAGACACCAUUUUGCCUACAUUAUUAUUGGUAUACACUAAAGAAUCAUUGUUGCAAGUGUAAAACUACGUUGAUGCUUUUGCCAUUUCUCCACAUGAAGCUGAUGUUACCUCCUUUUGCUGCAUUUUUUUCAGACCAAUCAGUCUUAGUAUUCCAGGGAGACAUGUUACAGAGUUAUUGGGAGCAAAGUAAUUUCUUUGAGUUGUUUUACAGUUUAGAUGUGACUUUAGAAACAAUAAGGUGCCACAGAAUGUGCCGUUUUUCUAUAUAUGUCCACUUAAAUUCAACACUAUUGAGCGCAUUAGCGGUUCUGUGGACGUAAACUCCAGGGGACUCAUUUAUAAAAAAAUAAUGAUCUGAUUUACACUCAAAUUUAGUCUCAAGGAAAUUUCACACAGUGUGCUUAAACUGGAAAUAGACUUUUCAUAUUCCACACUCGUAGCUUUUCCCUGCUGUUUUACUGUUGCCAUUGUAGUCAAAAAGACAGCGCUAGCAACAUGGUUACAGCCAGCAGCCAGGCCACUGUCUAAAGGCCAGAAACCUCAGCAAGAAUCUGUUUCACCAGAAACCCUGAUCUCAGCGCGAUGAAGAGACAGAGAAAAACACGCAGUUCAGAAAGAGACAGAUUUAGUUACUUCCUGACUUACUAGACACUGUGCUGGUUCAGUGGUAAUGAGAAACAUGUCAGCGAGGAAACAGACUCUGACACAACACCAGAGCGCUUUCCAUUGAGUGUGUUCACUCUUGUUUUUCCUCGGUUUCUAUCACUCUCUCUUUGCCUUCUUUGCCUCCAUCAGUGGGGUUCCUUAUAUUUUGCACUGGAGAGUUUCCACAGAUAUUUUGGUUGUUUCACCAUUAACUGGGGACAGUGACCGUGGACAGCAUUGCCUCUUCCUGUUUUAGUUGCACAAUGGUAGAUGCGCUUCAUUUGUGCUGUAGUUCGUCCUUUGUUCCUGACGGCAGGCUGAAUAGCAUAGUGAAAGUGAGGCUUAGAGGGAACUAAUCUAUACGCAGAUGUUUUUGUUUUGUUUUUUUCUUUACAGCCUUUACAUUGUGCAGUCAGUUGUUUACUUAAUAGGUCAAAGCACAACAGUUGUCUGUUACCGUCUAAGUUCGUUUUAUAAAAGAUGCUGAACACCUGUCUUGUGAUUUCCCCUUCUAUGCCAGCACAAAUUAGGGUUUAGUAAAGAAUAUCCAUGGAACAGACAAAAUCAACCUUUUUUUACACAAGAUCACGGUUACAGAGGAGGUCGAAGACAGGCAACAUGUAGACUAACAGGCAGACUAACUAGUGUGUUGACCAGAAAGUGAAAUGCUGACCUUUUAGGAGUGUGUCUGCUGCACACUGUUCAUAAAGCUCUUGCAAAGUUCUCCACUGACUGCAAUACUCCUUCCUAACCACUAGGAAAAUCACUUGGAUCAGUUCUAGAUUGUUCUAGAAAUAAGAUCACUUCCACGUCAAAGUGUUUGUAUAAAUGAGUGUAUGGAUCUGUUCCUUUUAUAAAUGAGGCCCCUGAUACGCCUUUCAACUUCUCAAGCCAUUAUGUUUCAUGAGAGGUUUUGUUCACUAGAGGGCGGCCUCGCAGUGCUUUCAGCUGUAUUCCUGUUACAUUCCCUGUCAGCAAAGCUGAUCACAGCAGGGUUGGGAUUCCUUUAAGGAUUCACAAACAUUGGGAUGUGUUGUUAUUCUGACAUUGAGCUUCCAUUUUGUUUUGUUUUUUUCCCUGUAGGGAACUUGUGCAUUUCAUGUUACAUUUUCUUAAUCAUCUUCCUGAGUCAAACCACAUCAAGACUUUUUCUACAAAGCACUAUUUAUUUACAGUUACAACACAACACUUGUUGUUUGUGCAUGCCUUGCUAGUGCACAAAUGGUCACACUUCAGCAUCAGUUGAAUUGAUGUGGUUGAACUCCAAUAUUCACUGUGCCAGGCACUUCCAGCAGCAGUAAUUCCUAUUAGUUUGGCAGCAGAGAGGAGAACACUGGGCAUUCCUCACUGUAUGACACAUUCCUGCCUUCUUAAAAGCUAAUCAGUCUCAAAGCUGUCUCUUGCCAAAUGUAAAUCUAUAUAAUGUAUGUACUUUGCAUGCGUUUCCUGUGGCACCUUUGACAGUGAGUGAGUGCCAAUCACCUAAUGGUGCUGACCUUCCUCUUGGCUCAAACAUCAAGUUGGAGCUAUGAACAUCCUCUUGGUGUGUUGGGUCUAAUUUUCUUUUAUAUAUAUUUGCUAGAAUUUCCAAAGCAGAUCAAGACUGUAAUGUUUUGAGAUGACCCGCGACCGCUACCUGUGACCAGGCUUACUCUGUUGGUAACAGGAGUUAAGUGCUUUCAAGGUUUUUUGGGGGGAUAUUUGUAGCUUUUCUCUUUUGGAAAGCUGGCUCAUUUCUCUGGGAAUUAUGAAGACCUGUUGAGGUUUUUUCAAACCGUAAUGGACAAUCUUUUGUUGUGAUGGUCCAAGUUUGUUUUCUAACUUUUAACGCAAUGAUAAAAGGUAAAGGGAGAUUUGACAAGCAUAAGCACACAUGUGUAUUAUGUGUUUGUGUGUAUAAUUAAUAUAAAAAAAGUUUCAACUAAAAGAUGCAUGUUUGAUCAGUUAUAAAAAGCAUUGGGGGUUUAAAAGGAUAACACAUUUUCCAGCAGCCACUUGUCUGUAUGCAGUAGCUUUUAGUUGCUUAUAUUAUACACCUCACAUUUUGCUGAUGUUAUAUUUUAAUUUAAUGCUCAUUGUGUAGAUAUGAAAAUAACAAUUUGUUUUGUAAUGGAAUCUAUUUUUCAGUCUAUAAUGUUAUAUUUUAUUGAGCAGUUGCCAGACACUGCUGAGGGGAUGCCUCUAAAAUCAUUUGACUUCUAUGACAGAAUACUUAGAUCGGGUUUUGUAACUCUAGAAAAAAAAAAGUUCAUCUGAAAUUUAGGGGUAAUCUUUGCAAAUAUAAAGACGGAUUGGUAUUUUACCUUUCACAUUAGGGUUCUAAAAGAGAUGUUUGACAACCAUGGGGCAGUAUGCAUUAUUGUGAGUUUAAAUUUUUACAAAUAAAUACUUGCUGACUUAAA